AUGCUGCAAGCUCUUACCGGAAAAGCUUUCGAAGCUGCAAAGCACCUGAUUGAAGAUGACAACUGGUGUGGAUCCCCGGAUAAUGGCAUGGAGCUGAUCCGAUAUUUGUCCAGACCCGAAUGUUUUGGAAAGGAGGAAUUGGAAUCUCUCUGGAGCGCCAUGACCAAGCUGUUCUACUCUGCACUUAGGCGUAGUGAUGAUGACCUUGCUGCAUUCCGGACACGCUUUGAAGAGGCGGUCAGGAAAGUGCAGAAACACAAAGUUGAACUGCCCUCAGAAGCACUGGGAUUCCUUUUUCUGAAGCAAGCCAAGGUAGAUGAAGAGACCAUGGAAAGACUCGUGACUUUAACAGGAGGCAGCCUCAAGCUGGAAGCAGUCAUUGACGGCAUGAGGAAACUCAAGAUGAGACUUCUCGACCCCGAUGAUGACAAAAAGCGUCAUGUCUGGCUGCAGGAUCAAGAACACACAGCAGCCGAACAUGUACAAGAGGCUGAUGUAGAUGACGAGUUUCAUGUAAUCGAAGAUGCUCUUCAGGAUCUUGACUCAGAGGAUCCUACUGCUGUCAUCACUGAGGACGAGGCAAAAGAUGUCUUGAUGACAUUGAUUCGACAGAAGAUUGCCCGUCCAGCUCAGUAUAGCUAUCGGCAAGUGCAGCAGACCAAGCAAGAUCUUCGCAACAGUCGAGGAUUUCGUUCGGUGAACACCGGUUCCGAGGGACAUGGACGAGAGCCGGAAGAGAAGUUGUCCGGCAUCAGCUCAUCCGCAGGAGCCCAAGCGAGUCAGCGACUGGUCAAGGAUGUUCAGUCGCCUCCAGAUUCGCACACACUGCCAAGCAAUGUGCCAAGUUGUAAUGGGGCUGAUGAUGAGCGACGCGAGGAACUUCAGCACGCACUCAUGAAGUCCGAACAGAUGAGCCGCUCCUCCAAGUCGAGUCACAGCUUCCUCUUGGUGGAAGACACCAGUCCAUCCAUGCAGUUCAAAGACAAGAGCAAGAAGGAAAAGAAGAAUCGGUCCGACAAGAAAGAGCAGAUGCCCAGUGGAGUUCCACUGGAGGACAUGAAUCCAGAGGACGAAGCUCAGGGACUGCCAUUGAACCAUUGCUUUUGCGGACUCCCCGUGACCACUUAUGUGAGUCGCACAGCUGGAGCAAACUUCCUCCGGCAGUUCAACCGUUGUCCAAAGCAGAUUGGAAAGCAAUGCCAAUUCUUUCAAUGGAUCGAGCCUCCGAAAUCGACUCAACACCAAAAGCUCUUUCGAGAGCGAGAGAUGCCAACUGGACCGGGCAGGAACGAAAAGACCAAAUCGAAGGCCAGCUCAAGCAAGCAGAGCAGAUCUAUCAGCAGCUCCAGUUCGACGUCAAGCAGCGACUCAGAGCUGAUGCCAGAGUCAAAGGCAGCUGGGUACCCAUCCCGCCGGCCUCCAUGUCAGCACGACUGGAGCCGCAAGGGAACAAAUGGACAUCAGCAGAUGCUCACUUGCAAGAUCUGUGGCCGCAGGGAAGUCACCAAGUACUCGACCGGCAAAGUGACGGUCACACAAGUGGACGACACUCCGAGCCCGAAUCGGCGGAAGUAG